AUGAGUGACAACAAAGAGUUAAUCUCUUCUUUAGUGGAAACAAUUGAAGGAAACGAUUACUUACUCACUCAAAUCCUUAUUCGUGUGCCUCUCAGAGAUAUCAUAACCUUCAAAUAUGUCUCCAAGUGGUGGCUCUCUCUCAUCUCUGAUCCUUUCUUCAGCCACUGCCACGCCACCGUAAAACAAAGAGUUUCCGGUUUGUUCUUAGAUCUCGCCUCCGACACUGGAUUGUAUCAGGAAGUGAAAUUCUUCUACUUAGACAAGAAAACCUAUCGCUCAUCCUUUUCAUCAUUCUUUUCCAAAAACCCCAAUCUACGUUCUUCACUGACAACACAAUCUUGCAAUGGUUUGAUGCUACUUGAAUCGAAAGAUCCCGUGUUUAUCUAUAACCCAACCACCGAAGAUAAGAAAACCUUACCCUCUUGCUUUCCAUUGUUUGAUUCAUUAAAUUUGCAUUACUCUCUAGCUUUUGAUCUAAUGCGUUUUCUCGGUUAUAAGGCUAUCUGCAUUUUUUAUGGCGUGAAUUCAAAGAAUGAAUGCUUCCAAAGCAUGAUUUACUCUUCGAAAUCCGGUGUGUGGAAGCGCGGUUGUUCCUUCCCGCCUACCUUCCCCGUUGAUUUCCAUAGGGCGACCUAUUUCAAGGACUCAAUUUAUUGGAUCGGAAGCAAAACGACACGGCGUUUUGAUCUGAAGGAAGAGUGCAUGAAGGAUGACAUGCCUCCGUUGCCACCGGAACCUUGUCAUUAUGGAUACCUUCUUACGCCUGUAUGCGGUUACAUGAAUUUGGCUGGAUUUGAAUCUGGUGAGUUCUCUGUUUGCGUCUUUUGGUUGAAGGUAGAUUAUUCUUCACCAAGGUGGGUUCACAUGCACAACAUUAUUCUUCGAUCUUUAAUUUUUCAAACUGCUUUUGAUAGAAUUGGAUACCCUUAUACUUAUAAAUGCGACGAUUUGUGCUCUGUAAGAUACGAAUACGUUUACAGUAUAAUACAUCUCAUUAAAGAUAAUGAGGAUGACAUGGGUUCGUUGAUACACCUACUGGACAAAGUUGUUGUUCUACCGGUCUCCAGAGGCAUCCUCAAGUGUGGCUUCACUUUCUCUCUCUUCGAUCUGACUCCACCCAGCUGA